GAAGACGUUGAUCAGCACGCAGUCUCAAGUGGUCUUCAUCACACUCUCAAGCAAACGACACGACAGUUCAGCAUCCGACCAGUGGCUAAAACACUUGCUAAUAAAGUUUCUUCUAACUAAAUGCCCACUUUUUUCUGGCGAAGUGAUCCUCGAGUGAUCUUCGAGUGCCAUGAUCGCCCAGUGAGUGAUCUUUCGGUGAACUUUGUGUGAUCUUUUCGCGCAGUAUGGAUUCUGGGGGAGUGAAGUAGAGAAAAAAAGCCACAUAGAGCAAAAGUGAAUGGUCAGGCAUUUUUUCUUGAUACUUCCUUCUAAAACUUGCACUGAUCCCAUUACCAGUGACCAUAAGUGAUCGUGGCAUUCACAAAAUUGCAGAGUGAGAGCCAAUACUUAAUCACAAGUUGCGAAAUAACCUAUUGGCAAUUCACCAACGCGGACGUGUUUGUGUCUCAUUCGCUGAACGAGAGCAUAAUGUUAUAAUUUUAACACAUAUAGGAUAGUAAACUAAACAUACCAAUUCACCCCAAAACGAAAUAAUGCUAAAGGAUCUCAAGUGUCGAGAGUGUGAUAGAAAGGAAUUAAUUGCGGUGUGACAAAUCUGUGAUCGUACUUAAAGCUGAAGGAGUGCGAAAGAGCCGAAGAGGAUGGACGUGACAAUUCAACGGACUGACUCACAGAGAUCUCAGAAUGGACACGGACCGAGAGUCUCCUUCAAUCGCGAUGUGCACGUCAAGAGGAUCGGUUCGCGCCAAUCACCAGCAGAAUCUCACCACCAGGAAACCCCACCUCGCGCCGCGACUCCACCUGUCCGUCGUGAACUGCCCAAGGACCUGAGCGAGGAGGGAAUCCUAGCGGAGGCAGCUCGAGUCCUCGCGCAAGCGGAGAGCGUGAAGUGCACAGCCCAAGGAGGCAACGACAUCGUUGGCGGCCGGACAAGCUCAAAGUCCAGAGGCCCCAUAGAACCAAUUCGCAAGUUCCCCGAGUCCCAAUUCAAUUCCCUCCCACUCCGAGGUAAGAAGAAGGUCAAGACUCCAGUGACGAGAAGUGUGAGCGACGCUUCAGCCAAGAAGAGCAAGAAGCCUUCGAUAUUCUCUUUGUUUGGUCGAAGGGAUUCAGGACCUGAGGAAGCUCCAGGAAAACGCGUGACGCGAAGCAAGAGUGAUGUUGGGACAUCACGUGAGCGAAAUCCCGUGCGAAAGAGGAACAACAGUGAGAAUGACGAAGGUGUGAAUGCGAAGAAGAAGGCCCCACCGCUGAGCCCUAUCAUCGAGAGCAGCCAAAAGGAGGACUACUUUGCGAAGGGUCAUGAAGCGAGGGCGUCCAAGAGCCCCAGAGGACCUGUGAAACUUGAGGAUCUGAACGUGCUGCCAGCAAAGGGAGUCUCUAACAAUAUCAAAGACACCAUCACGAAUCUCGUGACGACUCAAGCUAAGUCCACCGAGGAGAUGCACAGCUCGCAGCAGCCAGCCGAGAAACCGCCCUUGACCAAGGGUCUGACCGUGGAUGGGAUGGUGAAGAGGCUCUCGAUGGAGCGCUUCUCACCACCGCCCCAGAUUGCCGGACCGGCGUUCUCGUACACUCGUCCGAAGGAGCAGAUCAUCUAUGCUCAGGUGGUGUGCGAUGGCGACAAGGCCAAACAGACUGUCCACUACGCUCCUAGUCACCUCAACGGUUUCCACGCGGAAACCAAUGGCAGGCGCAACGGCCGACCUAGUCAUUCCCCGUCGCCGUUCCGCGACCUCAACGGUGAACGACUGACUCGAAGGGAAACCCCUCGUGCGAAUAGUGAUGAAGACGAGGGUCUUGGCUUCGAGACCAAGAGGCCCUACGAAGAGGACUUUAGAGUAGACGAGGGACCUAUCACGCCUAACAUUAGAGAUGUUCCACCCGAGAAGUACUACUUGGGUGGAGAUCUUACGGCAUCUGGAGGUAGGAAGCCUGCUUUCCAGGAACUGAGUCAGCGACGAGAGAUCCUACAGUCGAGGAUCAAUAACCGUCGUUUCGGCUCAAGGGAGAUUCUACAAGAUAUCAGUCCCGAGAGAGAAAACCUUUUUGCCAAGACUCAAGAAUCGCGGUAUCAGCGUAGCAAAUCGCAUGACAUCGAUCAGGUGGAUAACGGGAAGAAAUAUCACAAGUUUGGUUCGCAUGAGGUCAUGAAUCGAUACUCUCCCGAAAGAUCUCAUCUGGAUAUGACGCAGACGCCUAAUGGAAAAAUCACAUCAAAGUAUGUUGAAGAGUCGAGGUAUUAUCAUGACGGACGCGAUGGAUACCGUGAAACAUACCGCAAGGAGACGAAUAUUGGAACAGAUGGAAAGCCUAGAACUUCGGAAUCCAGAUCUAGGGAGCGUUUGGCUUCUCCAAGAAGGAUUCCAAAGGAAAUUGACUUGGGUUACAUUGAAGACCAUCGGGAUUUCAAUGUGGGUCACAUCGAACCCAAUACAAGCUACUUCCAGGAUAAGUACAGGAACGAUUUGCAUCAGCCGAGGAGUUUAGAGUCCACCACAAGUGGAGAUGGUGAAGGGUUCAGACAUUUCAAGAGUUCUCACUUGACAAACGGCUACAGGCAUGAGUCUGUGGAUCAGUACCAGAAUUCACUGAGGAGACAGCAAAAGCAUCAGAGGAGCUUCGAUAAGGGCGAUUCGGGAAUCGAGAACGACUACAGAAAGGACUCUUUCAAUGGGGACUUGCAAAAUAGAUGGAGACGCAGGACCGUGGAUGACGACAUCAAGGCUUGCGAGACGUUCUUAAGAAAGGAGAGAAGACACACCGAGGAAAACCAUCCGGCCAAGCGACGACUCAACUACGCCUACAGAGAGAGAAGCAUCGAUGAUGGAUCUCACUUCGAUCCACGCCUGGAUAAGUAUCCGGAUGGAACGUUGAGACGUUCACAGGCUCGAGAAAAGAGUCCGGCGAAGGUGGAAAAGAAGAAAAGUGGUCUCGAGAAGGUGAAGCAACUGCUGACUGGGUCGGGCAAGAAGAAGAGCGCCAAGGAGGAGAAGACCAAGGAGAAGUACAUGGUGAAGGAGGAAGAAAUGCGGGCUCGUUACAGCGAAUACCGCGGCGAAGGCCCCAAGGUGCAGGACAUUGCGACGCGAAGGCGCCUCUCGACACCGAAAGCCAGCCCAAUUCCGCGACGGACGUCGUCUCAGAAGAGCACCAGCAAGAGUUCGUCGAAUCUGUCGCAGCAGGAGAAUUCUCCGGUGCAGAAGUUGAGCUGGUUCAAGUCACUCGAUCGUCUGUCGAGGAAGAACAAGACGACAUCCAGCAGGAAAACUACCAGUGAUGACGACUUCUCGAGCAUAAGAUCGCCCAGGCCGCGACCUUUGAGUCCCAGGCAGGAGAAUCAGGCGCCGCAGAGGAAGAGCCUGCGCUUCUUCGGCGACACUGAUCAGGAGUCCAAUGCGAGCGUCUCGAAAGGCAUCUGGAAGAACAAAUCUCGCCAUCCAUUGUCAACCGCCUUGACUCGUGGCCAGAAGAAGUACUCAAGGAGCGCCUAUGAUCUCGACACAAUCUCCAAAGGCACCAAGAUCAGCUCAGCCAGCAAGGCGAAGAGUUCUUCACUUCAGCAUCUCGAGAAUGACUUCUUGUUUAACGGCAAGACGAAAACGCAGUCGAGGAACCUUCAUGACAUCUCUGAAAGUGCAUCCGACAACGAAAACUCCCCGACAGGAAGACACAGGAGCGCCCCCGCGAAACCUCAGCGAGGACGCCAGUCAGCAGAAUCCACGUCCAUCAUCAAAUCCACGACGCUCAACAGGCGCACGCCCAACGGCGUAACCGUGAGUUCGUCCCACGAUGAGGACGCUGAGACCGAAAUGCCAUUCCAGCGAAAGCGACACUACUUCGAAGAAGCCAGUCGCCGCCACGACUCUCCGGCGAGGACGACUCUCAGGAGAGAGUUGUCCUUCGGCGGCACGGGCUCCAAUGACUACCGGAAGCCGCCGCCCGGACCACAGAAGCCGGCGAGACUGUUUGAGAAGCGACGAGCCUAUUCCAGGGAACGAGAGAGACUUCACGACAGCUCCGGAACGGAAGGCGAUUCAAGUCAGCAAAGCCAAAGAAGCGUAGUCUACUUGCACGCCACGACAGUUGGCGACAUUCCGCAGCCAUUGCUGCUGAAUCGACGUCGCGCCGCCUCUCGGGAGGAGUUGAGCUCUAAAUCUAAGGGUCAGCGACCUAUGACUCGCACCGUCUCGAGAUCUGUCUCAGUUUUGGCGCCCUGGAAGCCCAAACAUCUCCACGAAGGGUACGAAAUCAAUUACUCUCAGACUCAGGAUAAGCCAAGAAAGUUCUACCAUCAGGAGAGGAAAUCUCCGGGAAGCGCUUCAAAUCUCACUGCAAAGAGGGACACAACGACUCUCACGCGAUACAAAAAGUCCCUCCCGAGGGAUGAAAUGUCUUCGGACAAGAGUUCCUCAAAUCUCGGCUUCACGACACAGCCGCGACAGACGCGGAGUCACAAGAGGGAGUCUGAACCGCGGAAUCUAUCGGAAAUCUCCCUGACGCGGCGUCGUGACACACCGGAGCGCUUUCCGGCCACCAGAAGACGCUGGAACGAUUGAGAAAUUGCAUUCCGGGACACUUAGAGGAGUUGGUGCUAACUUUUAACAAUUUUAUACAUUUUUUUACACACUCUUGGCGCGUCUGUAGAUAGGAAAAGUGUGAGAAUAACUGAAAUAAUCCGACUUAAGGUCUCAGAGAUAAAAGAAUACAAUAAAAUUUUAUUAACACGCGAGGAGGAUUAUAAAAAAAAAACUGACUAAUGAGUACCCUUUUAUGUAAUUCAUUCUGACUAUAUGUAACGUAAUAUCGUGAGAAACAUGAUUAUAUACUAUUUUGCAACAAUUUGCCAUUUUUACUCUGAAUUUGUAAUACAAAUAUUUUGAAUAAAAAAAAUCAAGGAUUAAUAAAAUAAUUAUAUUGGACACUAAAAAA